AAGCAUCUGCUAAAAUAUCAUAAAGUUUUGUUCGUUGAUUUCACUACUUGUGAUAUUUUCCAUUGUUCGAAGGCAAACGCAGAAACAGAAACCCCAAGCAAGCAAGCAAGCAAGUGUCCACUAUCAAUGGCUCCGCUUCCUAACUGCGGUGGUAAGUCUCCGAUGACUAGCCGUUUGACUUCCGUCUACAGUGAAGUUCAGAACAGCCGUCUCGAUCAUCCUCUUGCUCUCCCUUCCAUUUUCAGAAACCCUUUCAAAGUCGUCGAUGGUCCUGCUAGCUCUGCUGCUGGAAAUCCAGAUGAAAUUGCAAAACUUUUUCCAUCACUAUUUGGGCAACCAUCAGCAAUGUUGGUACCUAGUGAAUCUAAUGAACGAGGAACACCUUUGAAGAUAGGAGUUGUUUUGUCCGCCGGGCAAGCUCCAGGAGGACACAAUGUUAUAUCUGGGAUUUUCGAUUACUUGCAGGAACGGUGCAAAGGAAGUACAGUGUAUGGAUUCAGGGGUGGGCCAGCUGGCAUCAUGAAGGGAAAAUAUGUAGUCUUGACUCCAGAGUAUAUAUACCCUUACAGAAAUCAGGGAGGUUUUGAUAUGAUUUGUAGUGGAAGAGACAAGAUUGAGACUCCAGAACAGUUCAAACAAGCUGAAGACAUAGCAUUGAAGCUUGAUUUGGACGGGCUUGUAGUUAUAGGUGGUGAUGAUUCAAAUACAAAUGCUUGUCUUCUUCCACAUAAUUUCAGGAGUAAAAAGUUGAAGACCCGAGUGAUAGGAUGUCCAAAGACUAUCGAUGGUGACUUGAAAUGCAAAGAGGUUCCUACAAGUUUUGGAUUUGACACUGCAUGUAAGAUCUAUGCUGAACAAAUUGGAAAUGUCAUGGUAGAUGCUCGUUCUACAGGAAAAUAUUAUCAUUUUGUACGACUUAUGGGACGUGCUGCUUCUCACAUUACAUUAGAGUGCGCUUUGCAAACUCAUCCAAACAUUACUCUGAUUGGGGAGGAGGUUGCUUCCAAGAAGCUGACUUUGAAAGAUGUUACAGACUACAUAGCGGACGUAAUUUGUAAAUGUGCAGAUCGUGGUUAUAAUUAUGGCGUGAUACUGAUACCCGAAGGGCUUAUUGAUUUCAUUCCUGAGGUGCAACAACUUAUUGCUGAAUUAAAUGAAAUUCUGGCCCGUGAAACUGUAGAUGAUAAUGGACUGUGGAAACAAAAACUUACUCCUCAGUCUCUGCAGCUUUUCGAGAUUCUUCCGUAUGCAAUUCAAGAUCAGUUGAUGCUUGAAAGGGACCCACAUGGCAAUGUCCAGGUUGCCAAAAUAGAAACAGAGAAAAUGCUUAUUCAAAUGGUUGAAAGUGAAUUAGAGAAGCGAAAGCAAGUUGGUCAAUAUACUUACCAAUUUAAAGGGCAAUCACACUUCUUCGGGUAUGAAGGACGGUGUGGUUUGCCCUCAAACUUCGACUCUUCUUACUGUUAUGCCUUGGGUUAUUGUGCUGGAGCUUUACUCGAGAGUGGAAAAUCCGGAUUAAUAUCUUCGGUUGGAAAUUUGGCUGCACCAGUUGAAGAAUGGACUGUUGGUGGAACUGCAUUGACUUCUUUAAUGGACGUUGAAAGGAGACACGGUAAAUUCAAGCCGGUGAUAAAGAAGGCAAUGGUUGAGCUUGAUGGUGCACCAUUUAAGAAAUUUGCUUCAAAGAGAGAGGAGUGGGCCCUACAAAACAGAUAUAUAAGUCCUGGUCCGAUUCAAUUUGUUGGAGUAGAAGCUGAUAGAGCCAACCACACCUUGUUGCUGGAGCUUGGAGUCGAGGCCUAGGUUCAUCCUGCUCAUUUGCAUCGCGGUAUGUUUGGCUAAUUACAUGAUCCCUUCUAUGAAACAAAACAUGUUAUCUAUAUUUAUUACAACCAGAAUCCACUCAUUCUGUGUUUUUUCUGGUUUAGAACUUCAAACAUUCUAUUCCAGAAUUAAUGAGCCGAAUGGGUAUAGGAUUUGCGGGUUGUUGCAUUGAGAUUACAUAAUGUAUAUAUUGUUUGUAGAUAAAUAAACAAACUAAAUAAUGAUCAGGAUGAAAUAAUACUUUGA